AUGCCAGUCAGCCACCAGCCAGCCGCCAGCCAGCCACCAGCCACCAGCCUGCCACUAGCCAGCCACCACCCUGCCUGCCACCCUGCCUGCCAUCCAGCCACCAGCCACCCACCAUCCAGCCAGCCAGCCUGCCAUCAGCCAGCAACCAGCAGCCAGCCACCAGCCACCAGCCACCUGCCUGCCACUAGCCAGCCACCAACCAGCCUGCCAGUCAGCCAGCCACCAGCCAGUUACCAGCCUGCCAGCCAGGCUUCCAGCCACCAGCCUGUCAGCCAGCCACCAGCCAGUUACCAGCCUGCCAGCCAGGAUUCCAGCCACCAGCCAGUUACCAGCCUGCCAGCCAGGCUUCCACCCAACAGCCAGUCACCCAUCCACCAGCCAGACAGCAUGCCAGUCAGCCACCAGCCUGCCACUAAACAGCCACCAGCCCACCAGCCACCAGCCAGUUACCAGCCUGCCAGUCAGCCACCAGCCAGCCACCAGCAACCAGUCACCAGCCUGCCAGCCAGCCUUCCAGCCACCGGCCAGCCAGCCACCAACCAGCCAGCAAGCCAGCCAGCCACCAGCAAGCCACCAAUAACCAUCAUGUGA